AUGGCUUGUCCGCCGUUCUUUGAUCCAUAUGUGCUGACCGAGCUUGAUCACACCCUUCCGCCUGUUCAUGUGUCUGGCUUCCUCACGUUUCGUCUCAAGGAGCCAAUCAAUGCCAUACCUGUUCUAGAGGCAGCUGUUGCUCGGCUUGUCCACCUUUUACCGUUUCUAGGCGGGAAUGUGGCUUCAUCAACCAGAAUACCUGGCAAGACGAAUGUUCUAGAGGUUCAACCCCCAUCAGAAUCCUUCUGGUCUCAAUAUCCCAUGCUCGCCGUCAAGAAACAUGACCUCUCAAUAGACCCUGGACUCGCGUCAUCUGUGGUCUCCGAUGAUGUUUCCAAUGAAACAUUCCUCCCAAUUGGGUACGAAUUUACAGGAGUCGAUCCUGUCUGGCGGUUCCAGGCAAAUCUAAUGCUUGACGGGGUCAUUGUAUCAUUCUCUCUCAACCACCAAGCGCUUGAUGGUGUUGGGGCAAUGUGCGUUAUCGACGCAUUUGCAAAAUGUUGUCAAAACCCAAAUAUCGAUGCUGGUUCGCUACCAACGAGCCCUGAAAAACAAAGCAAAUCUCGGACAACCAUAUCUGAUCUUGCCAAUGUCUCUCAAACCGCCGGCGCAUCAGAAAACGGGAGUCCGAUGGAAGUUGCGAGUCACUCAGUCGAUAUCGACGAACUCAAUCAAAACGCCCACAGUCCCGUUUCUAAAAAACUUGUCCUCAAUGGAGAAAGGAUAAAAUUGCUUCGAAAGACAUGUGCUGAACAAGCUCAGCCCAGUGACCAAGGGACUUCAGUGUCUGGGAAUACAAUUGUCACUGCCAUCCUAUGGAUAUGCUUGAUCAGAGCUCAAUUCGGACCCCAUGCGACGGCCCCCCCGCCACCUGAACUGUCAUCUGCCGCAAUGGUGUCUAAUCUUCGCUCUAAAAUACGUCCAGCCCUACCUAUGACGUAUUUGGGGAACACCGUAGGGCACGCUUGGUCAAGCUUUUCAGUCGAGCAAGUCUUAUCAUCCAUCUCUCAUCUCCAUUAUGACUCCCGAGCAGCGGCGUACUUGGAUCCUCAAUAUAUGAGAAUUGUCGCAGCUGCCGCAAACAGGCUUCAAGAUGCGGUUCAAAGCAUUUCAGACCAUUCCGUUCGAGACAUCAUUUCCGAAAAGAACGCAGCUGAUGACUGGGCAGCUCAACCUACCAUAGCUGACCUCCAUGUGAGUUCAUUGCGUCAGUUCGACCUAUACGCACUUGACUUUGGAUCUUUACUGGGAGGAGUGAGCGAUUUUGAUAUGCCAGAAAGCCGCUUUCCUGGAUUGGCUUGGGUCCUGCCCUCCCGUGGCAAACCUCAGUUCGCCCCAUGGGAGGUCAGGUUGACACUACACCCAGAGGUUAUGGAAAGAAUUCAAAAGGAUCCGUUGCUGAGGUGGCUAUCAUCCGAUGUGAUGUCAAAGCUAUAG